AUGAGAAAUUUUGGAUUUUGUGACAAAUGGAUUAGGUGGAUGAAAGCUUGUAUUUCUCUAACUUCGGUGUCAGUUCUUGUUAAUGGUGCACCUACAGAGGAGUUCCAGCCACAAAAGGGGUUAAGGCAAGGGGAUCCUUUUCUUCCAUUCUUGUUCAUUAUUGCUGCAGAAGGGCUUAACCUGUUACUAGCUAGAGCUAAAGUACAUGGAUUAUUUAGGGGUGCUAUUAUUUGUUCCAAUGAUGUGAGUGUCUCACAUCUUCAAUUUGCUGAUGAUACUAUUAUAUUCUGUAAAGGGGAUAAUGAGGAUAUUUUGAACAUUAAGAGGGUGUUGAGAUGGGCCAAUCCUAGGAAACAGAGUACUUGGAACCCAGUUGUGCAGAAGGUGAAGAAAAAGCUGUCCUCUUGGAAGAGGAAGCUACUAUCAUAUGUUGGGAGGUUAACUGUGAUCAAGGCAGUCCUUGGUAAUUUGCCAAUCUAUUUUCUUUCUCUCUUUAGAAUGCCUAAGAGUGUUGUUAAAGCCUUAGACAAGUUGCAGUCAUCCUUUUUGUGGGGAGGGAAUGUUAAUAAAAGGAAAAUGCACUUGGUCAAAUGGAAGGAGAUCACAAAAAGUAAAAGUCAAGGAGGUUUGGGUGUGAGAGAUUUAGGUGAGGUGAAUGAAUGCUUGUUAUUAAAGUGGUGGCGAAGAAUUAAGGUUGGGAAUGGAGGGAGAAUUAGGUUCUGGCAGGAUAAAUGGCUUAACAAUAGAGACUUACAGGUUCAAUUCCCUAGACUCUAUAGUUUAUCCACUGAGAAAGAGGAGACCCUUCAGCAAAUUAGUGCUAAGAAGAAUAAUCUGGGGCUAUGGCAGCUUAAAUUUAGAAGACAGUUAUUUGUAUGGGAAAUUGAGGAGCUACAGAUACUGAUGGAUCUGUUGGAAACAUCUACAUUGGUGACGUCUGAUAAUGUUGAUUCUUGUUCUUAG